AAAAUGACUACUCAAGUCCAAGCUAUUUGCGUUCUCAACGGCGACGGUGACAAGAACGUUAAGGGCACCGUCCGUUUCUCUCAAGAAAAGGAAGGUUCGCCAACUCGAAUUGAAGGCGAAAUCACCGGCUUGUCUCCUGGACUUCAUGGUUUCCAUGUUCAUGCUUAUGGAGAUCUCACCAAUGGCUGCGUUUCCGCUGGACCUCAUUACAAUCCGACCAAUAUGACUCAUGGUGGUCCUCUGGAUGAAGUUCGUCAUGUGGGUGAUCUGGGCAAUGUUCAUGCGAACGAAGAUGGGGUAGCUGCGAUUGACUUCAAAGACGGGAAGGUUUCGCUUGUUGGUCCAACAGCUAUCGUCGGGCGUACUUUGGUCGUUCACGCUUUGGAAGAUGACCUCGGCCGUGGUACUGAUGACAAGGCUGAAGAGAGUAAGAAGACUGGCAAUGCUGGGCCUCGCCUGGCUUGUGGCGUUAUUGGUCUUGCUGCUGUUCCGCAAUGAAUAAUGAUGGAGAGGGGAAGCAAA